UCCAAACAAGCAAACCUGAAGUUUGGUUCUCGGUGUUUCGCUUCGACUUGGCUCGUACGUCACAACCUGAGCUGCAUAUACACUCCACAUUAAUAUUAAAUGAGGUCAGACACACUCGUCAGAAGCUAACCGACCUCCUCCGUUACCAGUAGUGACGGAAACGUCGGUGACAUCGUGGAUGUUUGCACAAGUUCAGCUCCAGGAUCCUGACCAAUGGCGUCCAGUGGGACACAGUGGGUCACUUCAUGCGCCAACAUCGUGCUGUCUGUCACUGCUCUGUGCUCCUCGUAUACACUCUUUAAGGACCACAGAGCUCCAUCAGUCGGCCUUUUCCUGCUGGGACUCUCUGCAGCAGCGUGCGUCCUGCAGCCGUCCAGCUCCCAGCUGACCGCCCUCCAGAGAGAAGCCGAGUGGGCCGGUGAGCUUCUGGCUCCGGCGCUGGUCUCCUUUGACUUUCUGUGGCUCAGUCAAGACCACAACACGGCGCAUAUUCUCCUGUGUGGCUCCUGUCUGCUGCUGGGACUGUGCGACUGGCUCUCGGCAGACGCCUUCUCUGUGAUGACCUGCUGCCUGGGCCUGUCCUCCCUCUCCUGCUGCCUCAUGGUGUGUUUGUUUGCAGGGAAUGCGUUAGGGGCCCUGGGUGGUGGGGCCCUCACUCUACCUUUACUUGUGACUCCCCAGGUUGGGACAAACACGCUGGCUCUGCUCAUGUCCCCAGCUGCCUCUGAGGGACUGAUGAAGUGGGUUUUGAAAGGGGCCUUGUCGAUAGGCUGCUGGGCCUCAACGAGGGCCCUCGGCAAGUUUCUCCUGGACGUGACCGACCAAUGUAACAUCAGCAUUUAGUAAAAGAGUAGAGUUCUGUGUGUUAAGUCAGAAUCUGGUUACACAUCUACAUUGUCAAGUGCUGAAAAGACAGACACCAGAUACUAAAAUAUAACAUGUCUAACUUAUAAGCAUUUUAGGUUACCUUUUUAUAUAAUGUUUGUCAGAGGUAGUCAGAGGUUAAAACAUUAUUGGGAUAAAAUGAAUAAUUUGAAGAUGUCACAUUGGGCUUUGGAAAAUUGAGACAGGUUCUUUGAUAAGUAGUACAAAUAAUGAUUGGCUGCAGCACCACACUGCAGAUCUCAGGGACUAAGGGAAAAAUAUUAUAUUUAAAAAUUCAUCUUAGUAUUUUACAAUUUAUUGGUUCAUACAGCAGCUGCUACACUGAGACCUUGUCUGAACUCUGUAUGAACUGAUCUGAAUAAACAGAAGACAGAUACCACUGAAAA